GAGCACGCUGUGUCGUCUAUCUGACCAUGCCUCCAACACGGGCACCAGGGCCUCGAGGGUGCGUCGGCGAGUGACUGAAGUUUGGCCAAGCUCCUCCAGCAACCGCUCCCUCCACUUGGCGUACGCCAGAUGACGCGCGGCACGCCUCCACCGACCGACAGCCGACGGGCCGGGCGUCCGUCCCCGACUCAGGGACUGUGUUCUGCGCCGGAACGAGCUCACAGCCUACCUGGUCUGAAGUGGUUACUGGAGCCCAAAGACAUCUACAACGUAAAUGCGCCAACCACCUUGAGAUAUAAGUUCUAAGCUCACAGAAUAGUUACAACGGCUACCUCACCCUUCAAACCGAAACGCAUUACUGCUUCACGGCAGAAAUAGGCGAGAUGGUGCUACCUACCCGUGCGAACUCACAAGAGGUCCUACCAUUAGUAAUUACGCAAAUUAUAAUUUUGCGGGUUUGAUUUUUAUUACACGAUGUCCUUCACCGUGGAAGUCAAGCCAGAAGGUGAUUCAGAAGAAGGUGAUUACCAGAGCCCAUACAUAUGCUACUGUGAAUCGACAUGAGGUCGAAGUAACAAUUGAAUUCUACGACCGCUGUCCCUAAGCCUUCAGAUCGCAAAGCAUGACAGCUUCGCAAACAGGAAAAACCCCUGCCAACAAAAAUUACACAAUAUACAUUUGCAGAAGUCGCAGUUUUGGAUUCUUUUAACAUGGUGCGAAAAAAAAUUUGGCUUAGAUCUUCAAGAAGGCUUCGUGUUUUUAAUACUGGUAUUGUUUUUUUUAUUGGUUUUUGGGUGGACGACAGCUCAUAGCCCACCUGAUGUUGAGUUGUUGAUUACCGGAGCCCAUAGACAUCUACAACGUACAAAAUAAAUCAAAUAACUGUAAUUUUCAAUUCGUUUAUGUUUAUAUUAGUUUAUAUUUUCGGACAAAAAAAAGGCCUAAGUAGCACAAAGCAUUUUAAACGGCUACGCGUAAAACUCCAUCUUAUUAACUCUCAAUUAUGAAUUAUAGAUUAGGUUAUUAACUGCAAUUUUCAAACACGUAAUAUAUAAAUCACGCGAUGGGUCGUUGUAUUUAAACGAUCGCUUUAUCAAUAUAAUCCAUUCGUUAAGUGGACAAAAUGAGAAACUAUCUGUGUUUGAUAUUCAUCUUGGUCAGCUUCUUCGGCUGCGCUAAGUCCUCAAGCGAACAUCCGGGUUCUGACUAUGAUUCAAUACGAAGACCUUGCCCCAGUUUCAACAUAGAUUGUAUCAGGUCAUACUUCCAGUAUCACGCGUCGUGUGUACCCCACUACGAACCUAUACCAGAUCCAUUAUAUCUGCAGAAGUACUCAUUGUACAUCGCCAAUUCUAAUAUUACUGUCGAAUUGAACGACGUGAAAGUCCAAGGUCUUCUGAACGCCAAAAUCGUGGAGUUUUACAUUAAUAAAAGAACAGAUAAGCUAGUGCUUGCUAUUGAAACGGAAAAAUUGACGGUCGAAACACCUCGUAUGCUGAUGAAGUAUCUUAGGAAAGCCCAAGAACCGAUAGAAUUGGUUGACAAUCUUUACGUCGGCUAUGGCGUAGUAACAAUAACGGCGACUAUGCCUUACAUCAACAACAUUCAGUUGACGAAUGCCGAAGUUACCGCAUACGCUGAAGAUGGCAACCCACCAUAUACUAUGGGACCCAAUAUCAACAACAGUUCAGAUCCGGUAGUGAAGACAUCAUAUGAGCAUUUGCUUAAUAAUAUCCCGUUCAACAUUCGGGAAGCGUUCGUGACUCAAGGGCCCCUGUUCAUGGCGAACUACAUACAAUACAAUAUUUGCGAUUUCGGAUUGAGAUUCAACAGCUACUCUCAUUGAAUCUAGUGUUUCAAUUAAUUCUACAGAUUUCAGCAACUGUUUUAUAUAUUUAUAACAUUGAUCAGCGUCAUGCCAAAAUUCUUUACGUCGAUAAUGCUUUGAAGUAUUUCUCCGUCUUCUAAAUCACUUUAUAUAUUGGACAUAGAUUUCUGUUUGAUAGUUAUUUACGCUUAAAUUGUUAUUUAAUGUUUUAAUCAGUUUGAUGCACAAUAUUUUCAAAAUAUAUAAUAAACGUUUAUUCACUUCUUAA